AUGCCUAUUAAUGCUCGCCAAUUAUUCGAAAAAUACAAAUCUGAUUUUGUUAAUCAUAACGAGUAUAACAAACAAAACGAACAAAAGGCUUUGCAAGCAGUCGAAGUUUCCGUGAAUAGUCUAACCAAAAAUCAAGGUGUUGCAUUUAAUGCGGUUUUGGCGGCAGUCCGUGGUGUAUCUUCUGAUAAGUGUAUCUAUUUGGACGGUCCCGGUAGCAGUGGAAAGAGCUACUUACAUAACACGAUUAUUUCUACGUUGAAUAGUGAGAACAUAAUCGUACUGCCUGUGGCAUGGACUGGAAUCGCAGCAAACUUAUCAAAAGGGGGCAGGACGGCUCACUCAACGUUUAAAUUACCAUUUCUUUUGAAUGAACAAUCAACGUUUAUAAUUUGGGACGAAAUAACGAUGGCAUCAAAAUACGCAUUAGAAGCCGUUGAUCGUAUGUUAAGAGACGUAUGCUGCUGCAAUGAACUAUUUGGGGGUAAAGUAGUCAUAGUUAGCGGUAAUUUCCGGCAAACUCUACCUGCCGUACGACGUGUUAAUAGAACACAAAUUUUAGAAGCGUGCGUUAAAAGAAGCAGUUCAUGGUGUCAUUUUGUUGUUAUUAUUCCGACUGAUAUACUGUCGAAAGGAAAUAUUGUGCAAGGAAUAUUUGGUGAAAGUAUUGAUCCACAAGAUUUAUCAACUUUUAGCGAAGUUAUUUUAGCCCCGACAAAUACCGACGUUAUUGCCAUUGAUAAUGAAAUAUUGUCAAAAAUCAAAGGUUCCAGUGUUGACUAUCUGAGUGUAGAUCGUGCCCCAUCUUACGCCAUUAUUUCUCAAGCUGGGUCUCUAAAAAGACUGAAAUAA